AUGGGCGUGCCCUUCCGUGCACGUGAUGGAAUUGUGCUGGGUGCACUCAUUGUGGCAGAUUCGCAGCCCCGCACGUCGGUACCGUCACGUCAGCGCUCGUUGCUGAAGGAUCUGGCGGAACAGGUCAGCGCUCUGCUCGAGGAUCUGUGGACUCGCAAUCAGGAGCGAGCCAACCUCGCGAGCUCUCAGUCUGGUCAGGGGCUCCGCGACCAGCUUGUGGACCUGCUCUCGCAGUCAUACACUACCGGUCUGCAGAUGCAGCAGAACGAGCUGAAAAUGGAGCAGUCGACGUCUUCGUUGGCGUCGUCCGGCCACAAACCGCAGUACGCGAACGACUUUCGCCACAUGCAGAGUGUCGAGCUAUAA